AUGUAUCCUCCCCUGGGCUGCUUCCUGUUCGCCGUCUUCUUCGUGUCCGUCACCAGCACCAAGUUUCUGCGCCUCUCCCUCAACGCACACGCCUUCCCGACCGGCGUCUUCGUCUUUUGCCUGCCGACAUUCGUCGUCCCGGACACUGUCUUGAUUACAUGCGUUUGGCUUCUGCUGCGUCCAAGGAACGGCUUGUCUGCUUUGCUUGGUCUCGGCGUGGCCUGCUUCAUCUGUCUCGUUAGCCUUGGCGCCGCCUCAUCUCAGUUGGGCUUCUUCUACCAAACCGGCGGCGAGAUUGACUGGGGAGACGCCACGUCGUUUGCCCUGAGUGAGGACGGCCGAAAGGUCUUGCUGAGCGAGGGCAAGACGCCGCUCGUCUUUGCCUGCAUCAUAUUCGCCGUCUCCUGGCUUGUCAAGUUCCGACUGUACAAAUUCGCGAGUUCAAUCCUGGCUGCUGGCGAAAUUCACGCGCGAUCAGGUUUGUUCCGCCCAAUGCUGCUGUUUGCUGCCGUUCGGAAGAAGAGAAGAGGAGACCUCAAUAACACGUGUGCAGAAACAGAGUCCUCUCUCCUGCCCACGCAUGAGUGCGACUCCGACUCGGAUUUUUCUGAUUUCAACAGCGAUGGCCCGCCCAGCCGCUGCACUCACCGGCGUCUUGCCGAGACAGAUUCCGCGUCCGCUCGUUCCGUCUGCCGCCCCCGUUUCGUCGUACCAUGGAGCUUUGGAAUUGUGGCUGUGCUGGGAUUCCUCUGCAUCCUGACCCUCUUCGAUCCCGAGCUCCCGUACAGCCGCAUGUUUACGACCUUGCCCCUGCCGCUCUUGGCCGUUUUCGCUCCAAAAUCCGUCGAGUGUACAUCGACCUCGUGGCCACUGCCCGACCUCAUCGACAGCGCCAAUUGGGAGUCUCCUCGAGGCGACUUUAAGGGUUGGGCGCCGGGCACAGCAAAUGACAUCAUACAAAAGUACCGGGACAGAAGACCCGACUGGGUGCCGCCAGAGCUGCCGCCGGGGUUUGCUCGCUGGAGCCCGGCGGCCAAGACGGGUCGUCUCGGCGAGCUUGUCGAGAACGCGACGAGCCACGGCGGCGGCGGCGGCAGCUGUCCCGAUCCGCUCGCGCUGGACCGGUACUACAAUCCCGCCAACGAUCCCAUGAAGAUUAGCAACCUGGACAAACCCGUGCUGGAGCCGCUGGAAGAGGCGUUCCGGAGCGGCUCGGUCAGGAUCAAGCACAUUGCCAUCAUUCUGAUGGAAAGCAUGCGGGAGGAGCUGUUCCCUCUACAGCAGGGCUCCCGCUUCCACGACCUCAUCAUGGAGUCCCACGACGAGCUCGACCACGACAGCGUCAACGAACUGCUGUCACACAUGUCCCCCAACACGGAGCGCAUCACGGGCAAGUCUGGGAACUGGAGGAGCACAAACGGCACGGCGUUUGGCCGCACGCGCCCGGAGUGGGAUGACAAGACGAGGGACGGCUUCGGCGGCGUCAACGUCGUCGGCGGCCUCACGACCAGCAGCGUGUCGACCAAGAGCCUGGCCGCCGUCCACUGCGGCGCCUGGCCCAUGCCCGUCGACAUGUUUCAAGAGGCCGAGACGGAAAGCUACCAGCCGUGCCUGCCCGAGAUCCUCGAGCUCUUCAACAGGAUGAAGAACAAGACGGCCUCGGACCACUAUCACGAGCAGCAGUGGUACCCGGCCUUCUUCCAGGCCGUGACGGACGGCUACGACCGGCAGGACAGGUUUGACUCCAAGAUUGGCUUCAAACACAUCGUCAACAAGAACCGCAUCAAGGCGGACAGCUGGACGAAGCCCGAGCUGGAGGAGAUCAACUACUUUGGGUUCCCGGAAACCGCGCUCAAGACGUACAUGACCGACUACAUCACCAACGCGACGGCAAACAACCAGCGCAUGCUGCUGUCGCACUUUACCAGCACCACGCACCACCCCUGGGCGGUGCCCAAGGGGUUCAACUCGAGCGAGUACAUGGGCUCCGCACACGGCCUGUUGCAGACGCACAAGGACCUCAACAGCUACCUCAACACGGUCCGCUUCAACGACGCGUGGAUCGGCCAGCUCAUGCAGAUCCUCGACGACCAGGGCAUCUCGGACGAGACGCUGGUCAUCUUUGUCGGUGACCAUGGCCAGGCCUUCAAGGAGGAUGUCAGCAAGACGGGCACGUACGAGAACAGCCACAUCAGCAACUUCCGGGUGCCAAUCACCUUUCGACACCCCCGACUGCCGCGGGUGCAACACCGCGUCAACGCCACGUCCCUCAGCAUUCUGCCCACCAUACUCGACCUCCUGGUGAAGACGGGAUCCCUGAACGAAAAGGACGCGGCUGCCGCGGCAGACUUGGUGCAGGAUUACGAGGGCCAAUCUUUGAUUCGCCCCUUUGAGACGACACGCAAGGGGCGGCGGGCGUGGAAUUACGGUCUCGUCAACCCGGGCGGCCGAAUGCUCACAAUCACGUCCUCGGAUACUCCCUGGAGGCUGGUGCUGCCCCUGGACAAGAAGACGGAAUAUGUCUUCUCGGACCUAGGGCGAGACCCCAUGGAACUGAAGCGUGUUUUGGAGUGGUCCAUCAAGCGUCUGGCGUCGACCGUUGGGAGGAAAUACGGUCAAGACGCUGCCCAGUGGCUCAUUGAAGCAGAAAAAGUUGGUCUUUGGUGGGCUGCAGAGCGAAAGCGACUUUGGAAUUACGACCCUUCUUCAUCAUAG